AUGACUCUCCUCCAAUUCCUGCGCCAGGCGCGUCAGAUACACCUCCAAUUCCUAGCUGGAGCCCUAUCUGAGCCUCCCAUUUACGUCGUGGGCAAUCCCUCCGCCGAUCUCGACUCAAUUAUCUCCGCCAUCGUGUACUCGUACUGGGCCAGCAAUCGUCUCCCUAGCACAACCCCACGCCCCCAUAUACCACUCCUCAACCUCCCGACUGUGCCUGCCGGCUCCGAGCUAUACCGACUGCGACCGGAGUUUGUCACCACAUUAUGGCUGUCCACCACUUUCCCUGCAUUAAACCCCGACGAACGCUUUGAAAAUUCAUCCGACUCAGCGGGGAAGCUCCUGCGUGAGCACAUCGUCACGGUCGCGGACUUUGCACAGAGGCUUCGGGGAAAUGCGAUAUCGAAACAGCUCUUUGCAGACGCGACCUUGGUCGAUUGGAACGCGAUGCCACACCGCGUCGAGGGGCAGAAGGGACAUGGCUCGGUAGCUGGUCUCUCCGAGGUGUCUUUCCGCACGGUGGGAUGUGUCGACCAUCACGUUGACGAGCACUUCGUGCCUAGCCAGGAUGCUCUCCCUGAAAACCAACCAUUGAUAAUACAAACGGGCCCAGGAUCAUGUUCUUCCCUAAUCGCCAAUGAGUUGGUUCGACGUGGUCUCUGGGCUGCAGACGCAUCGUCCGCCGAAAACGCACAACUCGCGAAGCUGGCUCUGGCCGCGAUUCUGAUCGACACGUCGAACUUGACAGCUGAAGGAAAGGUUACGGAUGUUGAUAUCCAAGCUGUGAGCUUCCUGCGCGAGCAGGUUGCGAAGGAGGACCCUAAAUGGCAUGCGGAGGCAUUCUACGAGCAGGUUCAAGCUGCGAAGACCAACAGUCUGGAUUUGUUGACCUUGGAUGAGGUCCUUGAUCGAGAUUACAAGGAAUGGACCGAAAAGUCUUCAUCUGGGGAAUCCGUCAAUCUCGGCUUUUGCUCUUCUGUCAAACCAAUCCGCUGGAUCGCUGAGAAAGCGGGUACACCUCAACAGUUUCUGGACGGCGUACGUGCAUUUGCUGCAGCUAAAAAGCUGGAUGUAGUGGUCAUCAUGACCUCUUUCAGUUCUGUAGAGGAUGAAUUCUCCAGAGAACUGCUAGUUUGUGCGAUGUGUGACUGCGAUGCUGCUGUCAAGGCUGCAGAGGCCUUUGUUGAGCAGACAAGGCCCCACCUCGGUCUCGAGAGAUGGUCGCCAGUGGACUGUGAGUACCAUGAUUCGACAGAACAUGCGAUUCGGUCUACGCUGGAUGGAGACGCGGAUAUUUGGAGACGCCUGUGGCUACAGACAAACACGACUGCUAGUAGAAAGCAAGUCGCUCCGCUGCUCCGGAAAGCAGUUACCAGCUUAUGA